CGACAGGCCAGGGUUUCGGCUGGUGAGGGAGAGCGCAGGAAGGGCGAGACACAGAUACCCCGGGGUCAGGGGACGACAAGGCAGCGAUGGCCCGGGAGUUGAGCCAGGAGGCACUCCUGGACUUUCUGUGCCAGGCCGGGGGCCGAGUGACCAACGUCGGCUUGCUGAACCACUUCAAGAGCUUUCUCCGAGACCCGGACGCGUCCCCCAGCCAGCACCAGCGACGCCGUGAGCUCUUCAAGGGCUUUGUCAAUUCAGUCGCCGCAGUGCGCCAGGACCCCGACGGCACCAAGUACGUGGUGCUCAAGAGGAGGUACAGGGACCUUUUGGGGGAGGAGGGGCUGCAGCGACCCCGCGACGCGCCAGCGGCCGCCGCCCCUGCAGGGGGAGCUGCGACAAGCUCCCCGCGAGGCGCGCACCCGAGGGAGUCGCCGCAGCAGCAGCCCGGGCGGCGGCGGCGCGAGAAGGAGAGGGAGGAGGAGCCAGCAGGUGCCGCAGCCCCAGCCGCCCACGCAGGUUGCAAUGGACUCCCUGUCACCGGCGCCCCGGAGGCGGCAGGGGGAGGUGGCAAGCAGAGAGACAGCUCCGGCCAUAGGGCGCCGGAGGCCGCGGCGGCUGCGGCGGCAGCUGCCCAAGUCGGAGCGAAGUGCGCGGCGGCGGAGACGCAGGUCCCCUGCUACCGGGAAUGCCUCCAGAACGGCCUGGGGGGACUCCCCGGCGAACCGCUGCCCGACGGACUCCUCGAUCCCGCCACCGCAGGGGAGGAGCCGGCUCCAGCUGCCCAGGAUGACCGCCGGGCUCCCAGGCAGGAGCGGGAAGGCGCGCCGGCUGAGCCUGCGCAGGUGCCCGCAGCGCCCCUCUCGCCUCCUCCAGCCGUCGAGGCCAAAGGGAGUGGGGUUUCCCCGCCUGCCCUCCUGUCCCGCCAUCCUUCCCCUGGAGACCCACCGGAGCUGUUGACCCCGGUCGACCUGCAUUAUUCGACCCUGCAGCAGCAGCAGCGCACUCGAGAAUGGGUGGCCAGACACCCACAUAUACCCGGGGCCUGGGACCAGGGUCCCAUCAGAGCCUGGUCAGUGCUGCCAGACAACUUCCCCUCGGAACUGGGCUUGUGGGUCCCGGAAUCUAACUCGUCGCUGCUAGAUCCCUCUCUUGCUCCUCAUUCUCUCUGUCCUGUUGUUCCUGAAUCCUGGCUCAGGAACCGUCCUUUGACAGUCUUUCGUAGCAUUCGUUGUCAGCUGUCCCUCCAAGAUCUGGAUGACUUUGUGGACCAGGAGAGCCACGGCAGUGAGGAGAGCAGUAGUGGGCCCAAAGAGUCCCCUGGAGGUUCUGAAGAGGGACUGCACGUUGCCCUGGGAACCCCAGAUUGGAGAAAGCUUAGGAAUCCAGCUGGGGGCCUUUCUCCAAAGGAGGGCCGCACCAGCUGGAGCCCUCAGGGCCUCAGAAACAGAGGAGAUGGUCACAACUCUCAGCAGGUCCCAGAAGGGGCUAAUGGCCUUGCAGGCCACCUGCAGGAGCCUUUAUCCUGGCCAGCUCCCAGAUUAAGGAGAUCCUUCAGGAGGAGCUCUCAGGUAGGGAGAGCUAAAUUGUCCUCCUCCGAUGAGGAGUGCGUUGAGGAGGACUUCCUGAAAAGAAGUCGGCGCCCACCACGGUCCAGGAAACCCUCCAAGGCAGGAGCAGUGUCCAGCCCCAGGGUGGAUGCUGCUUUGACAACAAAACCUGCCCACAUUAAGGCUGCUGUCGUUGAGAGGGGUCCACUACACAGCCUGUGGACCCCAGGCAGGGAGGAGCCUGUAGCCUUGGUCCCACACAAACCCUCUGAACACAAGUCAUCCCUGGUCCCCCUAGAUGCCAGGGAGCAUGAAUGGAUUGUGAAGCUUGCCACUGGGUCUUGGAUUCAGGUGUUGACUUUGUUCUGGGAGGACCCCCAGCUGGCUUUGCACAAAGACUUCUUAACUGGGUACACUGCUUUGCACUGGAUAGCCAAACAUGGUGACCUCAGGGCCCUUCAGGACUUGGUCUCUGGCACCCAGAAAGCAGGGAUUGCUCUUGAUGUAAAUGUGAAGACCAGUUGUGGGUAUACCCCUCUGCACCUUGCAGCCAUUCACGGCCACCAGGGGGUCAUGAAAUUACUAGUGCAAAGGUUGGCUUCUCGGGUGAAUGUCCGGGACAACAGUGGGAAGAAGCCAUGGCAGUAUCUGACCAGUAAUACCUCCGGGGAGAUAUGGCAGCUGCUGGGAGCCCCUCGGGGCAAGCCUAUUUUUCCUGUCUAUUCCUUAGUCCGAAGCUCUUCCCCCACCAGGAAAGCCAAGAGUCGGGAAAUAUCUAGAAAUAUCACCCGGAAGACUUCCCUUGCCACACUACUCAAAAAUCAGCACAGCAAAUGGAAGUUAGCCAACCAGUACGAGAAAUUCCCCACUCCAAGGGAAAGGGAGGAGUAUAGUGACUGAGGCGGGACCCUCUCUCUGACACGCAGCCACCACACCCCCAUUCUUGAGCCCCUCAAUGAGAGAAUUCAGGGGAAACAGAAAAAUUGCUGAGGAGUUGGUAAACAGAGAGAUCAACCUGGAGUUUCCCUGCCUGAGUUUUAUAGGUCAACACGUCUUGGACCUCAGAGAUCAGCCAGGCUCUCCGAUGGCUCAAGACCUUGGGCCAGUGAAUCCUCUACAAGAGGUAGAAUCAGGUGCUUAAAACCCAGCAGGUGUUUCUUCUUCUUCCCUUGCCACCACAAACCUGGGCACAGUAAGCCACAUUUUCCAAGGCAGCAAUCCCAGGCCUUGACUAGGGAGGGAACAGAUGUCGAAUAAGAAGGGGAGCAUUUCGAGGAAUUGAUGAAACUCAAACAAAAUCCUCUCUGGCUGGUGGAUCUCUGGCUUAUGUUCAAUGGAGAAUAAUUUGGCUGCGAGUGGAAAGCACCAGAUUUGAAAUCAGAUGGCUCCUCUCUCUCCCUUCCCUCCCACCCUUCUUUCCUUCCUUUUUUUUUUUUUUUUGCAUUCAAAUCAGUGAAAUAAACUUAUUACUGGAGAGUAGAAUUUGAUUUAAGAGAUUCCUCAGUUGAAUGUAAUAUAUGGAGACUAAGGCAUCAAAUAAUUUGUGCCUUAUUUGGGGCUCUUCUCCAUGGUCAAAGAAGCAGUUGGGUAAGAUCCAGUUAUGACUGACAUCUAGGUCAUGCUUUUUUUGUUUAAAUCAAUCUAAGGGAAACUUUCCAAAUGUAAAAACUGUUGGCUCAUUUGCCUAGUGACACAAGGAAACUCCCUGUGUCACAAACAGCAGAAUUAGCAUUAGUAGUUUGCAAUAGGUUUGAAUGGCCAACGUUCAUACUCAUGAAAGGCGAGAAGUGAUUUUGCCUCUGGGAAGCAGUAUGGGUUAAGAGGUGAAUACCUCCCCACCAGAAAUUUUCUAAGCUGCUAAAUAUAAUUUUAUUUGCACUAAACUUGUUGCCAAUUAAGAUUAAAUAUUAGCCUUGAAGUGCUGUAUCUCUAACAGGAAGUGUUCUGUUAAUUGCUUGUGAUGGGACUGAUCUUUGUGGGUCUGUGGGAUGAGAGAACGGCUAGUCUAUAAACAGCAGUAGCACAUCAAGAUUUCAGAAUAAAUUCAAAGAGGGCUGAAAAUGAAAUUUCCAAGUGGAAAUUGUUAAUUUUUUUAUGGAAAUGUUUUCGUGUGCUGUGGUAAUGAUGCUGUAUUUUAAAAGUAUUUUUAUAUUUCUUCUGGUUAUUUCCCCCCUUAAAUGUCAACCAAUCUUUAUAACUUACUGUAUUUAUGCUGAUUACUGUUAAUUCUCUUCUUUACAAAAUUGUGUCUCAGUGAAUGUCAAAUAUUUUUGUUUCUUUGUAGUUUUACUUUAUAAUUUUGCUGAAAUAAAUAUAUGUUCUAUUAGAAAAC